UAUCAUAUGUGUGGCCGGCGUGAAGAUGAUGAAAAGAAACUACGAUGUGCAGCACGUGGCCGCGGCCACCAUGGCCAGCAAGCACGGCAAAUCGUCGUCCAAUCUGCUGGACAAGCUGACGAAGCGCUACUCGGGCGUGAUCGGUACGCGCUUCCUGCGGAAAACGCCCGGCCGGAAGGGUGGCGUCGCGGAACCACUGUCCGAUAGCUACGACAUGUGCGGGAACCGGUCGGAUGACUUCCGGCCCGAGAUCGGUGCACCGGUGCUUAUCUCCAAGACGAUGAAGUUUGACUUCGAUACGGACUCGUCGGUGGAACAGCUACCGCUACCGAGCGUGCCAACGAUGGAGCAUCGGGUACGGUCGGUCGCGACACCGUCUACCUCGGAAGAUAGUGAAAACGAUGUGUUUGUCGAUGCGAACAGUUCGCUGCCCAACUUUGGUGAGAUCAAGUUUACGUUCCUGCCGGAAAGCAACAACAACUGUCGAAGCUUUCAGGACGAGAAUGUACGGCAGAGUGGUGGUGGACUGCUGGAGAAGAAUCGUUCCAAGUCAGCCCACAACCUACACCUACAUCACAACCAGAGUGGCGAGAUGCGGCUCUCACUUGCGAAAGCACCAUCUUUAAAUAUGUCCGCCAGUCCGGCGAACGGUGCCAUCACGCUGUCCGUACCGAACAGUCCUGCGGUGGAGAGUAUAUACGAUUUUCCACGCAGCACGCGAUCGGACGGCAUCCGGAAGCCGCACGGUGAGUCAACGUAUGAUCUGACACGCUCGCAUCACGUCUUGAACGAGAUCAGUCUAUCGCUCGUAAGCGACGAUAGUCAUCUGUACCAAAACCUGCCAAGUCCUGGCGACGCUCGGUACGAUGUACCACCGGCCGGAUGUCGACGUGAUUCGUCCUCUUCGAACAACUCCACGCAGGAGGAGGAGUUUGAUCUAAAGUCGGCCAGCUUCCAAAGUCUGACGGAUGCUGGACCCGGUGCCAAUCAGCUCGCCGUUUCGAUGGACGAGCUGGACGAAUUGACGCGCCAAAUCAAUCAGUCCACGGUGGGGCUAGGGUCACCGCUUCCGGACAACGAUGAGUACUGCGAGCAUCGGAAGCAGCUGCAUCCAUCCGAGCGUCGCCUGACGCUCAUGAAGAAUCGCAGCGUGUCCGGGAAGCACUUGAUCGACUUUGACCGGCGGAAGGCUAAGAUUACGAAGAAGUGGAGCGGCUUCAAGAGCUGGAUCGGUGAGGAGCAAGGUCGCAUCCGGGAGGUGAUGCAAAAACAUGCCGCCAUGCAGCGGGUUGGCCUAGAGCCGGCCGGGGGUGGCAGUGCUAGUAGUAGGGUGAAGCGCACCAGCAGUGAUCUUACUACGAGCGAUCAAGAUUCUCAUCAGGAGGUGCAAGGUACGAUCGUAACGACGCCCGAAUCGAGCGUAGUGCAACGGGAGCGUACGUUGUCGUCGGAGGACCGGGAAGGUGCACGGACAAUGCACCGGAAGAGUGCCAACGCAGAGAUACUAGAGGGACAAAAUGGCUUUGAAGAAGUACGCCGAUUCGUCAAGCAGGGCGGUGACUUUGGAAAGGAUCUGGUCGCAAUACUGCACGAGCGGACCGAGAUUGAACAGCUGUACGCCAAAUCGCUCUCAAAGAUUGCCAACAAACUGAACAAAGCCUGCCGCGAUCUACCGGGCACGAUAGCCGACUCGUGGCGAUCCGUAUCGACCGAGCUGGAGGGACGGAGCGAGGUACACCGACAGUUCUCCAACUCGCUGGCGGAGGAAGUUGUGAAACCGCUGAAAGCAGUGAUCGAGAAUCAACACAAGGCACGCAAAACGAUCGAAACCAACGUGGACAAAUCGGCUCGCAUCCUGGCAGAAUGGAGGACGGCGGAGAUAAAGGCGAAGAAAAAUUCACAUGCAGCGGCACGGGAGAAUGAAAAGCUACAGGAUGCAAUGCUCGAUGUGAAACUUCAACGAACUCCCUCAAUCGGACUGCUGCACAAGACCACCGACAAGGAGGUGAAAGUGUCGGAAAAAGAUAGCAACAAGCUCGAGGGCAAAAGAAAGAAGGCUGAAGAAGCGGUUAAGAAGGCGGACGUAGAAUAUUACACCCUCUGCAUUCGAGCGGAAAGGGCCCGAGUCGACUGGGAAAUGUCCGUACUGCGUGGUUCCUCUAUGCUGCAAACGCUCGAAAGUCAACGAUUGGCACAGUUUAAAACGUACGUCACCGAUUACCUCAAACUGUCGGCCGAGAUGAGCCCACUGUUGACGAAAACGAUCGACCGGCUCAGUCCGCAGGUCGCCAUGUGCAGCGUGGCCAAAGAUCUGGACGUCCUUAAGAACAUCCGACGAGCGACGGAAGGACCAAGCGAACAGCUGCUGCCCGAUUUCUACUGUGAACACACCACCCUGGCCAUGAACCGCGAACGAAGAAAACAAUCGCUCGUGAAGUUGCUGCAGCUGAUCCGCCAAGAUCUGGACCGCGAGCGACGAUCGCGCAACGGACUGAAAGGAUUCUCCCAGACGCUGGACAAAAACGGCGAAAGCAAUCAGAAUAUUGCCGAUAAGCUCUAUCAUAUACGGUCGAUGCUCACAUACCUGGAAGGUGCGCGUUAUAAGCUACAAUCAGCGUUACUAGAACUUGAUCACAAGCCUCGCUCCAGUCAUCCUCUUGCACAACAUAUUCAGAUCACCCGCGAUCGUACCGGCUUACAGACAAGCGUGUUAAAGGUCCCCUUGUGGCUAAAGCAUGAACAGGACGAUCCAGAGGGUAAUCUAGAAUCUGCAACCACCAACGGCCAAACUACAGUUCUCAGUUCAGACGACAGUUCCGAUCAAGGAUGUUUGGAUAUUAAAAACGAUACGCUCAUCAAACACAUUGUGCACAAAUACGCUCGGAACGGGUGCAAUGGAGACGAAGGACAUUACACGACAGGCAAGGCUGGUAAGUCAGCUCUUCAGGACGAUCAUCACGGUCCGGCCUGGGAUCGAGGCGUUGCCGAUGGAGUCUCCAAUCAACCCGAUUCCGAUUUUGAUGAAUUUUCUUCCCAAGAUGAAGACGAAGAACGGUGCUCGGUAGCACCGAAGCAGCUACUAGAAAACGGUCACCACACUACGGCACUAACAAACGGUGGUCCAACAAACAUUGACCACCCGGACGGUAUCGCCAACCAGCCAGUCAUACUUGGACGCUGCCGGGCACUAUUUAACUACACACCAAAGCUUUAUGACGAGCUGGAACUGCAGCCCGGCGACAUACUCGAGGUGCACAUUAAGCAGGAGGACGGCUGGUGGCUCGGUGCACUCCGCGGACAGAUUGGCAUCUUUCCGGCAACGUAUGUUGAGGAAAUACCGUGA